GCCGCCGCGCGGUUUCCAGCGGGCCGUGCGGGUGGCGUCCGGGCCGGAGGGCGAGCGGAGCCGGGAGCAGCGGGAGCGGGAGGCGCCGCUGGCACAGGCCAAAAUUAGUUCUGAGAAGAAGGAGAGCUGCAGGCUGCUAAAACGUCUGCAAGGUGAAGAUACAUGGGUGCCUGCUGAUGUGAAUGAACAUAUGGAGCCACUGGAAAAGGAACAUUCUGUGCAGAAAAAAAAGAAAAAGGAUAAACAUUCCAAAAAAGCUAAGAAGGAAAAGAAGAAAAGUAAGAAACAGAAAUCUGAAAAGAAGGAUGACUUGCUUGAUAGUUCUUCCGAUUCUUCAGUUGAAUGGGUUGAGUCAAAUGUGUCACAGUCAGAUGACACACAAGAGGCUUGGAAGGUCAACAAGCAGCAAGAUACUGCAAAAGAACCUUCCGUGCAGAGAGAAGAAUGGAUGAAUUUAAACUUCAUGUCAUUGAAAACAACGUCAGUAGCAGCUGUCAAAGGUGAAAGACACAAAGAAAAAGUAUUGGAACGGCAGAAAGCUCAAGAACUUGAGCAGGCUGUGUUGUCUGAGAGAGAACUCAAUCCCUAUUGGAAAGAUGGUGGUACAGGUUUGCCACCAGAGAAGGAUGAAGAGGCUUCAGUUAAGAAAGUUACAGUGGUAGAAGAUGCUGGAUUAAGUUGGCUGCGAAAAUCAUACCAAAGGAUGAAGGAGCAGGCUGAGAGAGAGAAGCGAAAUUUUGAUGAAAUUGUAGCUGAGAGAUACGGGUCAGUGGAGGUAUUUCAGUCGCGAUUAGAAGAAGCUGAAAAAGCUGCAUCCAAAAAGGAAAAUUACCAUGGAAGUGGAAGAUGGAAGACUGACUAUUCAAAAAGCGAGAAAGAGAAGAAAGACAAGAAAGAACAGCAUAUUGAAAAGAUGACACGAGAUGAAGAUGAUAGAGACAGGCACACGUCUGGGAGCUAUUCCAGGGAGAAGUAUGGCAAAGGGUGGGCACAGGAAGACAGGAGUUACAGAAGAGAUGUGUCAAGAGCAGAUCAGGAAUGUGGACACAGUAGCAUGGACUCAGUACCAAGGGGCUACAGCUCCAAAGCAGAAAAAUACUCCAGUGAAAAACGAAAUCAGGAGAGGAGUUCAUCUCUAAGCAACUUGAAACACAAAUUUUUGAAACCUUCUGAAGAUGAUUUAACGUCUUACAGUGCAUCCAGAGACUCCAAGUUAAAGCAGUUCUCUUCCAAGGAGGACUCAGCUCAUAGCUCUUUGAGCAGCCGUUUCCAGAAACCUGGUGAGGAUACUGCACUGUGGGCCAAAACACACACAGAAGAUAGCAAUGAGAAAUUAAAAUCUGAUCAAAAAUCAUCAGGUACUAGGGAACAAAUUGAUGGCAAAAGUUGGAAAAGAGCUCCAAGUGAUGAAAAAGAGAAGUUACGACAGCAACACACAAGUGAUACCCCUGAGAAGAAACAGAUUUUAUCUGACAGUAAAACAUCAUCCUCAAGAUCAUCAAAGGAUGAGCCACCUCGGGUCCUUAGUGAGGAGGAGAUGAACAGACUGGGAGCGAGGAUUGUGAAAGCAGAACUGAUGGGAGACACGGAUUUAGCUUCAGAACUUCAAGCAAAACUUGACAGUGCUCGCAAGUUGAGAGAGACUCAGGGACAGAUUCCAGCAAAGGCUGGCAGAGAGGCUUCAAGCCGUCGAGAAGAUGAAGAAGUGGUCCUUGUGAGAACAGAUGGAAGUGGAAGGGCAUGGCCUGUGAUGGGAGCAACAGAGCCACUGGAGCCCAAAGGAGGACGAAGAAAGCAGCAGAUGAUGCCUACUCAUGUAGAUAAAGAGAGAGUAAGGUAUUUUCAGGAUGAUGAUAGUAUGAACCUGAAGGAUUUGGUCAAAAAUGAGAAGAUGAGAACAGCAGAGGAUCAAAACUCACUGUUCAUGCGUAUGGCAUCAAAGCUCAUGGAGAAAACAGACAGAGAGUACUACACUCUGGAUGAUAUGUUUGUUUCCAAAGCAGCCAAGAGAGCACGCAGUGGAGAAGAGGAGGAAGUACAAAGAAGAAAAGCAAUCCGUGAGCACCAGCAACUUGCUGCAUGCAUGGAAAAGUGCCCCUACUGCUUUGAUAGCAGUGAACUUUCUAAACAUCUUAUUAUUGCAAUUGGCACCAAGGUGUACUUGUCUCUACCAAGCAGCCAGUCCCUUACUGAAGGUCACUGCCUGAUAGCCCCUCUACAGCACCAUACUGCAGCCACUCUUUUGGAUGAAGACAUCUGGGAAGAAAUCCAGAUGUUCCGAAAUGCAUUGGUGAAAAUGUUUGAAGCUAAAGACUUGGACUGUGUGUUCCUAGAAACAAACAUGAGUAUGAAGAAGAGGUAUCAUAUGGUAUAUGAAUGCAUUCCUCUUCCAAAAGAAGUAGGAGAUAUGGCUCCAAUAUACUUCAAGAAAGCUAUAAUGGAGUCUGAUGAAGAGUGGUCCAUGAACAAGAAGUUAAUUGAUCUUUCUUCAAAAGACAUUCGGAAAUCUGUUCCUAAAGGGUUGCCGUACUUUUCUGUGGACUUUGGCCUUCAAGGAGGAUUUGCUCAUGUGAUUGAAGAUCAACACAGUUUCCCUCAUUACUUUGGAAAGGAAAUUAUUGGUGGCAUGCUGGACUUGGAACCACGGCUCUGGAGAAAAGGAAUCAGACAGAACUUUGAGGAGCAGCGGAAAAAGGUGUUGCAGUUUGCACAGUGGUGGAAACCAUAUGACUUCACCAAAGAGAAAGAAUGAGAACAACCUGAAGUCAAGGACUAUAUAAGCCAUGAAUUACCCUAAAGGAUACUUCAAAUUUUAGGAAUAACACCAAUGUGUUAUGUGUGGCUAAUGUAUUUUAAAAUAUAGGAUAUCGGUUAAUUCCUGAUGAUCUGUUUCAGUUUUGGACGCUGGAUCACAUGUACCUGCAAGCCUGAAAAACCAUAUUUGUACAGUGAGUUUACUUUUUCCUUUUUCAACUGAGCCAGAAGGAUAAUAUCCAUGUGGCCAUUUGAGUUCUUAAAAAUGUAACUUUUGCUUUUGGAGGUUUUAUAAUAUUUGAGACAACUGAUAUUUUUUAUAUUGUAUUAAGCCAGUGCUUAAUUAUCGUAGUGAACUUUUGUCAAAAAUGGUGUACAUUUUAAGAACAUUUUGAUUCAUACAGAUACAUUGCUACAGAAGUAAAUUGUACAGAAAAUAGUCUUCUGAUUUUGUGUCCUUGUGGUCUUUAAAUUGAGGUCAUUGCACUAAGGCAAACAUUCACAGAGAAUGUCAUUGAUAAACCUGCUGUUGCCCCCCCGCACAAGAAUGAAUGCAAUUUUUUGUACUUUCUUUCAAUAUGAAGUAGUGUUUUUCAAGCACAAAGGAUAAUGAGACAGUCCAUAGCUGAUGGCAAAUGACAGCUUUAAUACUUACAGUUACUUUUGGUAAUAGUGAAAGAAGAAUCUCAAGGGAACAUGCUCUCUAAUGGCCAGCAAAGAAGAAAAUCAUCACAGGGAUCUCCCCAGUUGACUCUUCUCCCCUGGGUGUCCCCUCUCAUGCCACAGGUGGUUUUUGGUAGUACUUUGCCCUAAUAGUUUUCAUCACGACCAGCUCAAAAUCCCUGCUUGUGAUGCUGUUAGAGCUGGUUGAAGCACGCUGUGACCAGAGGCAAGAGUUGCAUGUUAGUUGAUUGUUAAGUGUGGAUGUCACUAGGAAAUGCCUGCAUCUGCUUCAAGGACCACUUCCACCAUUUAUUUUUUUUAGAUUUUGUUUUUUUCUUUUGUGUAAAAGAUAUGAAAUGAGGGUAGGGAAGUGUGAGGUGGGGAAAGGAUGAUUCUUGCAUCAGUGUCCACCUCUUCCUAUGGAAACCCUAACAUAGCAGGCUUAGACUUUGCAGGUAGGGAGCUGGGAGAACAAGGAGAACAGGAGACAAGGACAGAAGGACAUGAAUAGAAACAAUACAGCAGCACAAGGGAAGGGAUGCAGACUUGUGAACAGGAGGCUGCAGUGCUCCAGGGAAAGGCUGCAAACAGUGGAAGGUGGAAGGCCCUUGGCAUAGGAGAGGUUAAGGCUUUGUGUAAGUGCCUCAGUGUGCUUCCUGUUCUUUUUCUUCUGAACUAUUGCUCUGUACAGCUCUGUUAACUAUGGUGAACUGCUCAGAUUAAGAAAUGGAUACUAAAUAUUACAGAGUUGAAUAGGUGUUUAUUUAUAGUCCCUUGGUGGUCUUUGGCAGCUUUGCUGAAGAUGUGGUGCUUUCCUUGUUCUUGCCCCACUGCCACAUUUUGACAAAUAAAUAUGGUAGAGAUAGGAAUCUGCUGUGUUGUGAAUUUUCUGUAGGAUCUUUGUCAAGUGGUGCCACUGCAAGAGAAGUAACUUAAAAGUAAGCUUUGAUGAUGAUUGUAGUGAUCUAAUAUCUGAUUUACACCUGUUCACCAGCAAGCUGUGGAUAAAGGGACAGUUCUAGUGUUCUCCUUAGGCUGUUGGGAAGACUGCUUAGCAAACAGGAUGUGAAAUGGUAACUGCUAGUAGUUGCUUAGAAUGUAGCAAUGCUGAACCAAAUUUAGCUAAAGCACAGUCUUUGGUGGUAUAUAGCAUGACUAAAAAUUGCUUUCUCUGAAAGCAUAUGUAGCCUCCAGUCUCAUCUGCCUCCUGGGAUGAUAGCUGGAAGCAGCAGAGGUGACUGUCUUUUAAGGCUGUGGAAAAGUCUUUAUCCAAAGCUGUACUGGAAAUGGAAUUCUUCUUACAUCACUUCACUCAGAAUUAGUUUUCCUCAAGGGAAGUGCUGUGUUUCACAAAGAAUAUCCAACUUGUGUGUAGAGAAAUCCUCUGACUCAUGGUCCAUGCAUAUUUUAUUAUUCUGCUUUCAGCAAAACUACAAAACUACUGGUAUUGUUUGGAAAGGACUCUGAAAUAUGGGAUAAGAGUAACUCAAGCUAGUGAUACAGGAAGAUGUUUCUUACCCUUUUAGAAGUUUUCAAAAUGGGAGGCUGUGUUUACCACAUACGCUGAGAAGAAUAUCUUGUCGUAAUUGGUCACAGACCAGAAAAGUGUAUUGUCAGGUUAAGCUGUUCCUCCUCAUAAGUAUCUCUAAAUAUUCAUGAGGCUGGGACAGUAAACAGCUUGUUAGGGCACUUUUGGAAGGCAUGGUGUGCUUAGACUUCAGUCCUUAUUCUUAUAAAUACUAAAAAAUUUUAAAUGGACCUCUUUCAUCUGGAAGAAUACCCAAGUUCUUUAGCAAUGAGAGAUAGAAAGUAUUAAUUCAGAUGUCUUUAGGGAAAGCAGGGAGUGGAAGCUUGAUUUCUUAUGUUGUUAUAAAUGUGCUUCUAUGUACUCUUUUGUGUGACCAAGGAAGAGAAGGAUUUUCUUUCUUCAAGUGAAUCUACGGGUGUGAUUUAACAGGUGUUGGAUUGUAUCCAUGUCUUGCCCUGUUUUACAAGAAGAUUGUGUAAUAGGUGCUGCUACUCUUCUGAAAGGAAAAUGUGUUAAAAUGUAUAGUAAUUCUCAUGGUGUUCACCAAUCUCUUGGUAUCUCAUGAAAGAAGAAAACUUUUGCUGGAUCCCCUGAGAGUUCUUUCUUAGGUUGAAAUUUCUUCAGCAUUUCCUGUUGUCUGCAUUUGUCAUUUUAUCAUUAAAGUAUGUUUUUCUAUGUGACUACAGAUGAAACACAGCUGCUAUACUCUUGCUUUAAAUGUAGCUGUUUUGUAAACUGGAUCUUUAAUAUCCUGGGUAAACUAGGACUAGAUACUAGAGUACAAAGCAUCUUUACCUACAAGGAUCUUUACCCUCCCUUGCUCCUGGCUGUGACCCAAACACUACACAGAGGCACAUCUCACACAUUGGUUGUGUUAGAGAAAGCAGUCUGAGCUCAUCAUGUGUGGGUAGUUGUAAAAGUGCUCAAGCAUGUGCCUUUGUACAUGUGGUCUGACGACAGCAGGCAGUCUGAAAUUGCUCUGAUGAGCCAACUUUUAAGUUCUGUAUUUGAACUGAAAAUGCAUCAAUUAAUUAUUUUUAAAUUUUUAGCUUUUGUAAAGCAAGUACCCUAGAGCAUACAUGCACUAAAAACAAAUUUAGCAAAAACCCACAAGCACAAUUAACAUUUUAGAAUAAAGUUGAAAGUUUUCUUCUUGGGCCACUAUUGUUGAGGUAAUGUUUUUAUUCAGGAUUUUCUGGUUUGCAAUUUCUGGCCAUUGAUGCACAGCUAUUGGUCACCUCCAAAUCUGGAAUGAAAGAUAGACACAGUUUGGUUUUGAGACCAGACAAGAUGACUUUUCCAAGUCUGUCCCAGCUCUUUCUUCUAUGGUUUUAAGAUGUUAUUUUGUUCUGAUAUUUUAUAUCAAAUGUUUGUUCUGAUAUUUUAUAUCAAAUGUCAAAAUGUUUUGGAACAGCAUUGUAAGACAAGAUAUGAGCAGCGAACAGCUGAUAAGUAUGUAAUGGGGCAUAAAUACACAGUUGCCCCUGUACAGCUUCCCCUUGCCUGUAGUCACAGGUUGCAGGGCUUCAUUUGGGAAUGCCAAGUGAUCUCUUAUGUCUCUAGGUGGUUUCAUAGCCAGUUUUAGCUGUGGGCUUUGUAGUUGUUUGAAAGCAUUACAGCUCUUCCAACUCUUCCCAUAUUCUCCCUUUUAGUGUAGAACAACUCUUUUAAUGUUUGAACUCCACAGUUCAGGAGGCCAGUGAGAUGAAAGACAACAAUGAACAAUGAUAACGGCUUUAUGGAUUGUGGCAUCUCCAGGUGGAACUGGGUAUGUAGGCUUUUAGUUCAGAGUUAACAUGGGCAAAUUGAAUCAGAAAUGGUAACAUUAUGAUCUUUCAGUCCCUUGCUGUUCUUUCCUGGCUGCCAUUGCAUGACUUAGAUUUUCAUUUUCUUAUCCAAGCUGCUCUUCCAUUAGGUACCUCAUCUUAGCAACACUUGCUAAGACGUAGUAGGAACUUGCUAGGAAUGGCUGGGUCAGCCUCUUAGCCACUAAGAGUGACCAGUCUGUACUACAAUACUUGGUCAUUGCCUGAAUCACUCUUUCCCAUGGCUGGCAGUGAGGAUUUGCUAGUGUUAUGUAGUGGAAAAGUGCAAAGCCUGGUAUGGCUUUUAUACACCUAUUUGUUAUACACCAGCAGUCCAGGUCUCUGUGUAACUGCGUUGGGAUAUGCACUGAUUACAUUUAGGGAACAAGUGCUGAGGCUUCACGGGAAGAGCUACACUGGGCUGUACACCAUUAAACAUGUCAGAGUAUGUCCUUUACCAUGAAGAGAAGGUAGUUUUAGGUGUGUAAAAGAAAUUACUAUUUUACUUGUUUAUGUACUUCAUCCGCUAAUACUGGAUUUAUAAAAUGUAUUAAGUAGGCCUUAAGCCUUUCAUAAGUGGUUUGUGGCAUCCAUAGAAUCAGAGGAGGACAGGAGAUAAUUUUAUCUAGCUGAUCCAAAGGGAAAUUCAGGUACAUUUGUGAUAUUGGCAUUCCUGAUCUGUUUUUCAUAGUGAAACAUUUGUUUUCUUAUAUUUAAUCUGAUUUGUCCAUGAUUCAAGUUCAGUAUUUAUUGUCUUGUCUGUUACAGAUGUGUGAAACGUGAUUUCAUUCUUCAGAGGCUGCUUUUGCAUAUCUGAGGACUGCAGUUAGGCUGUCUCCAAAUUCUUGUCUUCAGGUUAAACUGUGCAUUUUCUUUCAAUGUUUUCCUGGAGGUUAUGUUUGUCUAUUCUCAUUCUUUUGUGCUCUAGGGUCUCUCUGGUUCAUUAAGAUGGGAUGUGAUGGAAGUCUUGAGAGUGGAUGUGAUAUCUCAGAGAGUUGUUAUCACUGUGUCUGAAACGAGAGGUUGCUGCCAUUCUUGGUGGAAUAUCCUCCUGUUCACAGACACACACACACCCCCAGUGCAGUUUGCCUGUUUGAGGAGACUACAACAUAGUGAAGCCCCCGACUCCCUGCAAACUUCAGAUCCUCUCCUGCUCUCAAGUCAACAGUUUGCUAUUAUAGCAAAUUACACCCAAGUCUGUGUUCUUGCUCUUAUUGUUAUUGACUUAAUUUCCUUUUUAUAGACCUUUUUUAUUUUCAUUUUGAUGAGACAAUUUUGAAUUCUACUUAUGCUUUUAAAUUAUUUUUUACACCCUCUUGAGUCAUGUGCAAGGUUAAGGAGCAACUCUGUAUUGCAACAACUAGCAGUUGGUGCCACAUCCAUGUUCACCCUGUAAUAUUUGUGUGCGCCUGCUAAACUGUUUCCCUGCUGUCACUUGGACUGUUGCUUGCUGCAACUUCUGAUCCCAUUAUUCUUGCUACAGAUGUGUCUGCUGUGGGCACCUCAAGUACCAAAUGCAAUAAGAAGAGUUGCUUUAGUAGAGUCAGAAUCUAGUGUCAUCUGUAAAAGGUGAGAUGGAAAUGAAUAAUUAUCCAGGAUUAUAUUCUGGUUUUCCUUUGGGAAAAAAUGGCCUGAAAUUCAGACUUUGCUGUUACACCUUUCUCAUUCAGGUAAUUUGCUUGGCUGGGUCCCUUCCCAGCUCUUGCACACUCAGAGCACUGAGGGGGCAGAGGGAGAAACAGGAGAUGUUGUGAGAACACUGCUCAGCCAUAUGACAAUCUUUAGUGUCCUAUCAGCAUUGUUUUGGUCACAGAUCUAAUUCACAGCACCAAGCAAGCUGUGCCCUCUGCUAUUGGCAGAGCAGGGCCACUACUCAUCAGGAGUUUUGAGAGGCUUGGUUGAAAUUAUGUGCCAUGAGUUCUUGCUGUGAUUUACAGUCAGGUUGGUUGAAUUUAAAAGCAUAUACUACUGAUUAUUCCUGAAAACUCAGAGGAAAAUAUUUUCUGUAAUGAAAACAUAGAUUCAGGGUUUUAAAAGCCCUGAAGAACUUGAUAGGCUUCAGAAGGCAGAGUGGAAAGAGAAUGUGGCCAUUAUCUCUUUUUACAAACAGCACAUGAUUUCUGGAGAGGUUCCUGUUCACAAGCUCCUCACUUUUAUUGAGGAGUAGUCUUCUGUGGAAAGCUUUUGAAUUAUUUUUUCUUUAGAGCAAAAAAUACUUUGGCCAGUAUUAGAACAGAAACAGAUGAUAUGGAAUUCAUCUGACAUUGGUGUGAGUAGUUCUUGUCUCUGUAUAUAGCUGUCUGCAAGACUGUGGGUAAAUAGCAUUUUAUGCUUCCUAUCAAAUAAAAAAACUUCAAAAAACUUUGUUUUAAGGUGGAAAAAAAGAGAAUAGAAUCCUCCAAGGAAAUCUUAAUCCGCAGGACUUUGAUCUUCAGAGCUCCUUACAAAUGUGAACUUUGUGGUCUGAAGGUUUUGACAGACACAGCUCCCUCCCUCUGACAGCUGUGAAUCUAUUGAUUGUCUCUCUGGACCAAGUGAAUUUCCCCCAAGCCUUUGCACAUGCCCUGCCCCAACUCAGCACGUGGGAUUUGGGUUGCUUAGGGCACCUAGAAAACCCUCUCAUAUUCCAUCUUCUUUUGUAUCCCUGGGAUCCCAUCAACUUCAGUUGGACACAUCAUCCUUGAAAUGCUCUUUGUCCAUGAACACAGUUUUAAAUGAUUUAUGAUUGCACAGUCUUUUAUUUUUAGCUUCUGUGCAAAGCUUCCAAAUCAAAUCUUGAUGGGAACUGCUGUCUGUGAUGAUUUUAUUGUCUUCAUUUCCACUAAUGAAAAACAAGUAGAGUCUUGCAGUUAAACUGUGUGGUUGUCUUCCUUAGUGUAUUUUUUACACAAAUCAAACAGGAAUACAGGUGGAUGAGAGCAGUAAUAUAAUUCUGGCAUAUUAAAUAAUUAACUUUAAAAAAGUCAGUGAAUCUCUUCCUAACAAAACAGCACUGCUAGAAAGCUUGGGUUGUUUUUUAAUGUUGGGAAGUGUGAACAUGCAAGAAGAUUGUGAGGACGUACAAGAGGUGAGCUGGGUGGUGCAGUUGGCACAACAGAAGGAUGGGAUGCCAUCCUGUGGGGCUGGACAAGCUUGAGACGUGGGCCCGUGAGAACCUCAUGAGCUUCAAAAAGUCUAAGUGCUACUUCUGGGUCAGGGCAAUCCCAGAAUAAGAACAGUCUGGGAAAAGAAGUCACAGAGAGCAGCCUGGCCAAGAAGGAUGUGGUGGUGCUGGUGGAUAAGAAACUGGAUGCAAAAGGUCAUUGUGUGCUCACAUCCCAGAAAGCCAGUUGUACCCUGGGAUGUAUCAAAAAUAGUGUGGCCAGCAGGGUGAGGGUGGUGAUUCUGCCCCUCUGCUCUGCUCUGGUUUUUAUCAUCAUGUGAUUCCUCAGUUCUGAUGCUACUGGCCCUGUAGUGUUUCACAUGUCUACGUUAUUUGGGCAAUAAAAUUAUGAUGUUUCAUUUUCUUAAAUUACCCUAUAUGCAUUACUUGGUUUAUGCAGACAUGUUUGUGCAACUUCUGGUUGAGUGUUUUUGCUUCACAGAAGAUUUCUGACUAUGCAGUUUUCAUUGCUUUUUUUUGUUUUUGUUUUGCUGGGUUUUGGUUUCCCCUGUAACACACUGACUGCAGUAUGUCUUUCAGGGUGCCAACCAGAGUGCUUUUCCUGCAUGGAAUUGUGCUUAGCUCCUCUGUAUAUGGCUAACUCUCAGUUCAGUAGGCUGGUUCUCCUGAUCCUGGGGAGUCCUUAGAGACCUGUGCUGCUCCCUUUCCUAAUGGCUGGUGUCUUGGAGAGAGGGUUUGUUUAUUGGAGAUGGGCUGUGUGGUUAUUGAUUGUCUCCCCCUCAUGAAAGGAGUCUGUUGUGCAAGAGGACAGGUCUUGGGCAAUAAUCUAGGAACUAUCACUCUCACCUUCUCAGGAACCGUGUUUCACAUCUGGAUCAGCUUAUUAAGGAUAUUUACUAAUGAAGCCCCAGUAAGGUGACACAGCAGCCAAUUAUUUUUUGCACUGAGUUCCCACUUGUUUAAUGACUGACAGCAGGACCUUUUAAAACUGCAGGCCUGACAACUUUGUAAUAAUCAGUUAUUUCAGUUUAGUCUUUAACAGCAUGUUUAAAUCCCAACCUGAAUCCCCAAAUAUAAUCACAUUACAGACCAAUUAUUCUGCUCGCUGAGUCACUUUGUCAGUUUGACAGCAUGCCUGACAGAAAAUUUCAAUUCCUUUCAAUUCUUUGAUUAAAGAAAUGAAUUAAUUCAGAGUUUUAUUUUGUUUGGAGGUAUGGAAGUCUGACUCUCCCACUGAUUCAUAGUCACCAUUUGAAGCUGGAGAGUUCUCUUUUGUGGUAAAUGUAGUGAGUAGUCGCAAUUCUGGGUAAAAUCUUUGGUUUUGCCAUGAUGUAGUGCACAUUCCUGUAUUUGAAGGCCUACUCCUUUCUUUUUUGCUUGUAUUGACCAGAGGUUGACUGUAUUUCACUCUAGCAGCCAUGAAUGGCCAGUGAGACAAGUAGUCAUGAAUAGGUAGUGGAUCCGUACAAAGGAUGUCUUCCUGAUGGAUUAUCAUUUUAAGAAAAUAUACAAAGAAUAUAAAGAUGUGUAGGGAGUUUGGAACUGGGAAAGAAUCCUUUUGAACAAGCAGGUCUUCAAGUUGGAAGUUAGCAAAUAAAUAUACAUAGUGUUUGACCUUCGGAAUAUUUGGUUGGCUUAGAAAAGUUGGGUAUCUGCAGCCUGCAGUGAAGACUAAGAACUGUUAACAAAAUCAUACUAUUAUAGUUCUCUGUUUGAUAUAUCUUCCUGCUCAUUAUAAUGGGAAAGGAAUAGUAUUAGUUUUGGCAUUUUGCAACUGUUUCUCAAAUGCCACAAACAUGUUAUGACUUGGAAUUUACAAAUGUUGUACUGCUAUCUGCGUGCUGCAGACCAAAUCAGCUGCUGUGCUGGCUGUUGCCCAGUCACAUAAUUAGGCCAUGAAUGUCAUACAGCAUUAACAAAAACCCCACCCAGGGCAGAGGAAAGUUCAUACUUUUCAUUCCUGUGCUGCUAAUGAGGAGUGACCUACAGGAAGGUUAGGGCUGGGGUGGGGUUCCUUCACAGUUCCUUCUGCUGGGCAGAUGUGGGCAGCACAGUGUUUGAUGGGAGGAAUGAUAAUCCACUCAAAAUUAGGAAAAGGAAAGAUAUUAGAGAGCUAUGUUAGAGCAUAACAGGGAUGUGUAGGGAUACAAUCAGAAGGACUGAAAUGUGAAGUGGAUCCAGUGACUUUUAGGCUCAUGAAAGACAAGGAAAAAAAAAACAUUUAACACCUGCACUAAGAGGAAGGCAAUGAUACUAUGGCAUCAUUGCUGAGUUAGGAAGACUCUCAAAUAACUGAUGGUGCAAAAAAGACAUGAAGUAAUUUUGGCUUUUAACUUUAUAAAAAAGAAUAAUUUUGACCGGACUCUGAACACAAUUAAAUUUUCAAAGGGGAAAAUAGUUGUCAGCAGUAAGGAAAGAAGAGGUAGAACAAAAUAUUCAGUAAUUUAUAUGUGUAUAAAGAAAUUUUUUUUGACAGCAAGAAACUAUAAGAAACUCAGCAAGAAACUAUCUGGAUGCUGUAGAAUAUUUGGGGAAAUGUGAUAAUGCUAUUAAUAAAUAUUUACAGAUACAUUCAAAUAUGGUGUGUGUAAAGUUGUAUAGACCUAUAUCCCAUAGCUUUGUUCCUGUUCUCAAGGACUUUUGAGGGGGGUGGGGGGAAGAAGCAAGGAAGCUUUCAAAGAGAACACAUUUUUUUAAUGUUCUCUUCCUGAGAAUCUUCACGCUUCCUUUAAAAGUUACCUUUCCAUCUAAGCAAAGCUUUCCAUAUUUCUACUUUGAGUUUUCUGUCAUUAUGCAGUCUAAAUAAAAUUCAUCUUUGAAAAAUUUCUUUCAGAUAGAGCUUUACUGCCAAGAAAGUGAGUAUAAUUUUCACUUUUCUCUUGGGAGUUAGUGCAGCAGAAAGGUUGUUUUGAAGUGCACGAAACCUGCUCUUUGUGCUGGAUAAUUUUGCACCCUCCAGUGGCCGUGAAGCUUCUUUUUUAGUCCUGAAUUCCCUGAAGUAGACAGAACACACUGCUGCAGGAAGCAAAAUGUUCAGAUUCUGAAAGCCAUCUGUGUGCUUUUUUCCUAUAAUCAAAUAAUCCACAGCUGUUUCCAAAAGGAUAUAUUCCAUUAACUCUGUGCUUUCAUGAAAAUUUUAUUCUUCUUUCCACUGUACUCUACCCCUGCUGGGGAAAAAAAUGUAAAUCUCACGUGUGACAUUCUGUUUAUGUUUAAUAACUGCCAUAGGCAGGCAGGAGUCCUGCAGCAUUUUCUUGUCACCUUUGGCAAGUUUUGUAGUAUCACAGAAAAGUGGCCCUUGGGAAUUAAAAAUAAUGAGCUCUGAUUCCAUGUCUGCAUCUCUUCCUUCUGUUGGGACAGGAGAGGAUUCCUGAGAGGAUGAAGUGCUGGCACUGUUUGUAUGUUCUGUCCAAGGUAGGCAUCAGCUGGAGGUAGUGAAUUUCUGAGUACCUCAGUGGUUACCUGGGUUUGUUCCCACUAAAUCACAGACCUGCUUGAUACUUUGUCCAUAUGUGGAAAGAAAUAUCUUUCAAAUGUCCCUCAGCAUCCCCUGGAAGAGACCCUGAUAUGCAACUAGAGAACUGUAGAUGUAUUUCGAGCAAGACCCCUUAUCCCUCUUGAAUUUAGUUUUUACAUUGAACAAUUUACCUUUUGCCCUCUGAGAAGCCACCAAAGGCAGUGCUACCCAUGGCGGCAGGUAAUCCUCAGCCUUCAAUUCUUCUGUAAUGCAUCAGAAUUUGCUUGGAAUUUACUUCUCCAGUUUCACUAAGGAAUGAUUCAAAAAGUGUAGGGUUUUUGCUACUCAGCAGUGAGAUGCUAAAUCUCAGCUUAAGUUUGGGGGGGGUGAUUUGCCACCAGUAUGGGGAAGGUGUCUGAACUCCUGUUACAGUCAGUAUAGUGAGCAGAGCUGAGAGUGAUUCAGUAUCCUCAGAGUGGGUGGUGUUCUUGGGAUGAGUCAGUGGACUCCAAGCCUGUCCUGUCCUGCCUGGCUCUCCAUGGGCUGUGAUGGCAGCUUGGGCACCUGCCUCACACAGAGGCACCUGCACUGUAGAAACCCAAAUCCAAGAAGGGUGGAUUGUAGCCUGUGUUUUUAUGUAGAAAAUCACUGUCAUUAAUUUUUGCUCUUAUGUAGGAGUUAUAUCCUUUAGAAUGUAACUUCUCUCCUGGGAGUCUUGCAGCAGCCAUCAGAACACUAUUGAAUUUUCUUGCUCUGAGACAUUAGGCAAAUUGUGUCUUAUUAAAGGUGAGAAAGUUUAAUAUGUUUCACAAAUUGAAUGUUAGAUGUUUGGUAAUUUAUUUUAAUGUUCUAAUGAGGGAUGAGGUAUGCAGGGAGAACUGAGCUCUCCUCUGUCUAGAGCCACAGGAUUUUAACUGAGGCCAGUCCCCCAGAAAUGAGGGUAAGUUUUCAUAUAAACCAGUAGUUAUAAUUCAGAAUUCAAAGGAAUUGGACAAGGUCUCAGAGGACUUGCAGAAGAAAAAUGUUUUUCUAAAAUCAGACUAAAGAGAACCUAGGGACCUGCACUCUUUUAACCCAUACCUUGGAACUGGGAAAAAAAGCAAGUAAACCUCUAAUGGUUGAUCUUUAUCGGUAAGAAAAAAACAAACAAAAAAGAUUUUGAAAAUUCCUCAAGACUGUUUUUUUGUUUGAAUGGCCUGCAGAGAAAGCAGUAGAUAUGGCACAUUUGGAAUUUUUCUGAUGCUGUAACUCAUGUGUGAUACUUCCAUAAUUGACCUAGGAGGAUAAUGAAACCCUGGAAAUGUUGAUACAUUCCACUAUUCAAUUCACAUCUUUGGAUAGCACUGUGAUCCAGAUGAUCAUUAUGAUGCUGUUAAAUGUCAUGUGGUUGUUAGGUUUAGGAAAUAUGGCUUUUAUAGCUUUAGAACAAUCCUGAAAAUGUGAAGAACAACAAGGAGGUUAUUUUGGCAGAAUGGGAAUUACUUUCAGUUUGUACUUUAAUCCACAAUCAAGAUGAAGGACCUCUUAAAAACAUUUUGCUCAAGAUGAAAUGAGGCAUUGUAGCAACACGUGAUGCUUCUGAAGUGUAGUUUUGCUGCCUUUCACAUAAAAACAAGAUGGUAAAAUAGAAGAGGUGAUAGAAAAUAAUGAAGGAUGUAGUUUGGACAGAAGCAGUCAGAUGCCUCUUCUUAUUGUCUCCCUGCCCUUAAGGAAAAGAAUAUGAUUUUUUUUUCCUUUCCCCAAUCAGGUCAAAUUUAAACAUGCCAGUUGUGUUCUGCUGGGUUCCAGUUCUCAAGUUCUUCUUGCACAAAUGGUGGUACAUAUUCCCCUAGGUCACACCAGUAGCUCUCCCUCUGACUGGAUAAGCCCCCCUGUGUUUAAUUUUUUGCUGACUUUUAUGAACCAUUUUAUUUAAUGAUUUCAGUUGUUUGUUUUUGGUUUUUUUUUGCUUUCCCUGGGACAGGCCCUUGAACAGGUGAGAUCUCUUCUUCACACCAUUGUGGGUAAUAUGGCACUUUCAAAUAAUCAGAAAUCCCAGGGGCACAAUAGCUCUGGUCUCUGUACCCAUUCUGAGCACAGCAAAAAAGAGGAGUUGCUGGUGUGAGCUCUGAGAUCUUAUGCUGACAGUGAACCUGUUAUUUCAGACAGGGCAUGUAUCUUUGGAGGAUCUGGUGUUCCUUGUGGCUCAUGUUUCUGGACACACUGCAGGAGCAUCAGGAAAUGGAAACUUUAGUAAAAGUAACAUACAGCUGUAAAGGUCAAAAGUUUGAUUACGGAUUCAUGACAGCUUACAUUUGCAAAAUGGUCUCUCUUUUUUAAAAAUUAUUGCUUGAGGGGCUGGGAAGAGUCCCUGGCUCCAGACUAAACAGCCCAAGAAGUGGCAUCUGUCCUCCAAAGUUCCCCGAGCAAAGAGUAGCACAGAUAUUUCCCUAAGCUUGAGAAGAUUACACAAUUGUUUUGUGGAUCUUGACUGCCACUGUGGUUGCUAUUGCAGCAGAUAAAGUUUCCUCUAUCCUUGUGUUUUGUUGUUUUGUUUUGUUUUUUUAAUAACUUUAUUCUGGUGGGAUGGCUCGAGACUUUACGGGUGAUAUGGUAUUUCUGGUAUUUCUGACUUUGUUCAGAAAUAUUCCUGGUAAUAUUGAUUUCAGACCUCUAACUCAGUUUUCUGUUAGCGUGAUGAGUUUAUUGUCUAAUAGCUAUUUCUUUGCUGAAACAAAAGUUAUUUGAAGAACAGAGAAAAUAACACACUAUUUGAUUACUACUUGGGUCUCCACGAGGAUGAGACAAGAAAUGCUGUGAUUAUACAGAGCAAGAGCAGUUUCUGUCCCAAAUACAUCAUAAUCUAUGGGGAAGGAAAGACUCUCAGCCUGUUAUUGAGAGAUGGGAAACUGAGGUACAAAAAGAUAUCUUUUCCUGUUACGCUACAGCUAUGAUGCUUGUAUUCAAGGUGUUUGUUGUGUAUUUUCAAGUCUUUCACAUUUGUUCUGAUGUGUACAUAACAACUUUUAACUACCUGUAUCAAAAGCUUUAUACCUAGAAAUUAUAUUUCCUCCUUUGGUGAGACAGAGACAAUUGGAACUCAAGCCAACACAAUCCAGUUAAUAAAAAAAGCUUUAGUUGUUGAUAAAUGGACCAGUCAAAAACCUACAAACCUACUCAGGCACAGCCUUGAAGGCAUCAGCCUUGGCUUUGUCACUGAUGGAGAGAGAAAACAUGACUAUUGCAAGUGUGUUCAGAAUUUGAGGGGGAUUUUGGGUUUAUGAGAAGCUUAUGGGAUUUCAGAAGAGGUUUGUGGGAUUAUGUAAAAUUUAUUACAGGAAGUUUAGGGGAAGGGAAGGGAUCAGGGUAAAUGGGUGAGAAGCAUGAGGCAAUGAGAAAGAGGGAUAAAAAUGGCUCAACGUACUGAACCCUGUGCCUGCCCAGCAUUCCUGUCCUAUCUUUGUAUUAAAUCCUUUCCUCAAACCAU